AUGGCCGGCCCGGUCCGCCAGCCCAUCGACGUGGCCGCCCUCGAGGCCUACAUCGCGCGGUCGGUGCCCGACAUCGCGCCGCCCCUGGACGUCAGGCAGUUCGGCUACGGCCAGAGCAACCCAACCUACCUGCUCACCUCCAAGCCCACCGGCAAACGCUUCGUCCUGCGCAAGAAGCCACCCGGGAAGCUGGUCUCCAAGACGGCCCACAAGGUCGAGCGCGAGUACCGCAUCAUCCAUGCCCUGCGCGACACCGACGUCCCCGCCCCGAGGGCAUACGUCCUGUGCGAGGAUGCCGCCGUCAUCGGCACCCCCUUCUACAUCAUGGAGUUCCUCGACGGCCGCAUCAUCGAGGACCCGGUUAUCCCCGGUGUCUCGGCCCACGACCGCUCCGAGAUGUGGAGCGACGCCAUCCGCACCCUGGCCAAGCUUCACAAGGUCGCCACCUGGAGGACCAUCUGCGAGGCCCAGGCCCGGGUCACCGACGUCGACACGGGCGUCGAGGUCGGUGACCUGCCGCACUUUGCCGACAUGACGCGCUUCUUCGAGGACGCCGCCAGGCAGCCCAGGGACAGGGGCACGCUGAUCCACGGCGACUACAAGAUCGACAACCUCGUCUUCCACAAGACAGAGCCGAGGGUCGUGGGUAUUCUAGACUGGGAGAUGUCCACUAUAGGCCACCCCCUCUCUGACCUCGCAAACGCCCUGAUGCCCUUCUCGUCCGCCCACACGGCACAGGGGCCGCCCGAGACCAGGAUCCCGCACGCCCACGCCGCCUUCCUGCCCGGCGCCACCCCGGGGCUCCCGACGCCCGACCAGCUCGCCUCCAUCUACGCCACCGCGGCCGGGCUGGGCAGCGGCAGGUGGGACGGCAUGGAGCAGGAGCUCAAGUGGACCCAGGCCUUUGCCACCUUCCGCCUCAGCGCCAUCUGCCAGGGCAUCGCCGCCCGCGCCGCCGUCAGGCAGGCCACCAGCGCAAAGGCCCAGGAGCACGGCAACGCGAGGGGCCCCGUCGCAGAGCUCGCCUGGGCCCUGGUCCAGGAGUCGGACGAGGAGCAGGCCAGGGCAAAGGGCCCAAAGGCACGGAUCUAG